CAGGCAGAGCGGGAAAAAUGCUGAGCGUGUGUUGAUGUUUUGUUCGUUCCUUUGUGCAGUCGCGUGUAGUUUUCCUCGGAGGUACAAAUUACAACUAAUCGUCUGUUGUGUUGAGUUUUAUUAAAUAUUCCCCGUGGAGGGCUAGAUUUGAGCAACAAAACAUUUCGCCGAAAAGUAAAAUUAAGAACCGCCAUACGUCAGCUCAAUCUUGCGGCAUUAUUUGUUUGCGCUGUUUACGCGUGUACGUAUCGGGUGCCAGGAGGAUAAUUCUAGAAGAAAUCGUCUCACGUACUGAAUUUGCGGACAUUCCUGCGUGGGCACUGGUUUCUUGGCGGACGGAUUCACAAACAACAUUCAAGGAAAAGAACGAUGGCCAAAGUGCACAUCACCAAUGUGGUGGUGCUGGAUAAUCCCAGCAACUUCCUGAACCCGUUCCAGUUCGAACUGACGUUUGAGUGUAUCGAGGAGCUGAAGGAGGACCUCGAGUGGAAGAUGAUCUACGUCGGAUCGGCCGAAUCGGAAGAGUUCGAUCAGGUGCUGGAUACGAUCUACGUUGGCCCGGUACCGGAGGGCCGGCAUAUAUUCGUGUUCCAGGCGGACCCACCGAACGUGAGCCGAAUCCCGGAGCAGGACGCCGUCGGCGUGACGGUGGUGCUGCUGACCUGCUCAUACCGUGGGCAGGAGUUUGUACGCGUCGGGUACUUCAUCAACAACGAGUAUGCGGAUGUGGAGAUGCGCGAAAACCCACCACCGAAACCAUUGUUCCACAAAAUGACGCGCAACAUACUGGCGUCGAAGCCGCGUGUCACUCGUUUUAAGAUUAACUGGGACGAUGCACCGGUGAACGGAGUAGCCGGUGGGCCAUCCAACGGGAUGAUGGACGGCGAGGAGGCACCGUCGGACGAGAUGGCCACCAAUGGUGACAACAAUGAUCAUGGGAUGGACGGUGAAUCGAACGGUGGUUCCUCACAUCCGCCGGAUCUGGUGCACGACGAGAAUAGUAUUGCCAUGCCGGCGACCGAAAUGCCCGAAUUCAAUGAAAACUCCAAUUCGCUCGCUAUGGAAUGCUGAGCGGACGGUACUAAUAGUUGUAAUAGUAGUAGCGCUGGGUGAAAUAUCUCCAACAUCUCAUUUAACACGUUCAUUCGCGUACAUUUGCAUUAGCGUUAGAAUUUAUAGUUAAUGUAAUUAAUCUUUUUUGUUGCACUACUUCUUUGUUUGGUGCGCUAUUUUUCGAGAAGAGAAAUCCUUUUGGUUAGAUGAGGGCAAUCCGUACCAGUUUAGCUCAGGUUCCUACGGUCAUUACAAUCCAAAUGAGGUUAAGUUCAAUGGUUCAGUACGCGAGCUUUCACGCUCUUUCACACUAGUUUUGUUUUUCAUCCUGCAAUUGUUACGUUAUCUGCUGAUACUGUAGUAGGAUCGAAGAUUCUUUUCCGCAGGGACAGCGUUAGAACACGAAGGAAAAGGAUUGUUCCGGAAAGGGAAAAACUAUGUAAAUAACGAAACAAAAACUCAAAAAUUAAAAUAGAUAGCGUGGAAAAACAACAAAGAAUCGCGGCUUACGUUGAUCGAUUUAAAAUAAAAUAAGCUCCUUUUGUAACAACAUAAACGUGGUUUAGCUUGAUA